CAUACUGUAGGUUAUGUGGCAUUGGCUCCAAACCCGAGGAGAGGAUUGCUUGCGGUUGCUGCAUUAAGGGCACACACAACUAUGACAAGAGUUGUUUCAUUGAUUGAAAAGCAUUUGGAGGACUGCAUUUUUUCUCACGGAGAGUGGAUGGAUGCAUCCCAGCCGGUGUGCACGCAGGAGAAGCUGCAGUGAUCAACAACACAUCGAAUGUAUAAAUUGGAGAGACUAGCUGUUGAUUCACAGCUGAAGGCGCCCGAGCCCACUGGGCACAGACGUCAAUUCACCGUCUAUUCCAUGUUGGUUCAACGUAAUUGCAUUGAAUUGGCAUUGAAUUGACGUGGAAACAACGUUGAUUAAACCAGUGUAUGUCCAGUGGGAGGUUUGUCUGCUCGGAAUAUCCAGAAUCAUUUUUUUCCAGCUGUGACAAUAAAACUAUAAUGACUUUAUUACGCACUUUAAGGAUAUAAUGGAUUAUUUGGUUUACAUAAAAACAAUACUGCUUAGAUUUCAUUGGAUAAUAUUCAUUAUUUGGUGAGUGGUGGAUAUAGAAUUUUCUUCUGGGACGUUUGCCAUCACUAAGCCGCCAAACUGGCUAUGGCCGCUGCGAUCGCCAGCUCCCUCAUUCGGCAGAAGAGGGAGCGGGAGCGAGAGAAGGCGAAUGCCUGCCGCUGCACAAGUAGUCCGAAUAUUUGCAAAGCAGGGGACAGGGGACCCUGUGAGAAACCGAGCAAGCUGAACGUGUUCUCACGCGUCAAACUCUUUGGCUCUAAGAAACGGAAGAGAAUAAGGCGACCAGAGCCCCAGCUCAAGGGGAUAGUGACGAGGCUGUACAGCCGCACAGGCUUCUGCCUUCAGAUGCAGGCUGAUGGAACCAUCGAUGGAACCAAGGACGAGGACAACAGCUAUGCUGUGUUCAACCUCAUUCCUGUUGGGCUGCGAGUGGUGGCCAUCCAGGGGGUUCAGACCAAGCUCUACCUAGCCAUGAACAACGACGGCUUCCUUUACACUUCGGAACACUUCACCCCGGAGUGUAAGUUCAAGGAGUCUGUGUUUGAGAACUACUACGUGACCUACUCCUCCAUGAUCUACAGACAGCAGCAGUCGGGCAGGGCCUGGUACCUUGGCCUCAACAAAGAGGGGGUCAUCAUGAAGGGGAACCAUGUGAAGAAGAAUAAACCGUCAGGCCACUUCAUCCCCAAGCCACUGAAAGUUGCCAUGUACAGGGAACCGUCUCUCCACGAUCUGACCGAGUUCUCCCGCUCCGACAGCGGUACUCCCACUAAGAGCCGCAGUGCAUCGGCCCUGCUGAACGGAGGAGGGAAGCCGCUGAGCCAGAACGAGCAGUCCACAUAGCUGUGGGGGUCAGCGUCGGGCAGAGGCGGCUCUCACAGUCUCACCGUAAGCAGACUCAACUGAUCUUCGUCAAACUGAACAGGUGGAGAGGAAGCAAAUUAGGUUAGCUUAGUGUGUACUGAAACCACUGUGACAGACUAUGACAUCAUCAAUUAAAUCAAUCCAUGAGCGAGCUUCUGCGGGUCAACUUUGCUAUGAACUUCGAUACGAAAAGCCUAAGCCAUUUUGCUGGUCUGAAAUUUAUAUUCUUCCUUGUAUUCUUGAGCAUAUGUAGCGUAUUACCCAUGUAUAUCUCUCCAAAGGUCUUGAGAGGGAGUUACUGGUCAGUAUUUAUGUGGUCCGUGAACUGUUGCUUUCAUGCCUCCUAAAAAAAGCUUUUUUGUGUGUUUGAGUCCAGGGUGUACAUAUCUGCAAGCCUUCUGCUUCGUCUGCCAUAUAAACUGCUUGCCAGCUAUACUGAUUGCGAUAAUUUUUCCUGUGUACCAAAGAGUCAAGCGUGUUUCUCUAGUUUUACUCAAGGCAAAGAAAGGAAGAAAGAAAGAAGGAAAUUGAAUCACAAGCAUAGGCCAUGUCCUAAAUCCCUCUUGCCUACUACUAAAACGACAUACUGUGUAGUGUGUACCAAUCGUACUACAUACUAUUUAGAAUGUACUGUUUAGUAAACAUUUAUGCAGUAAGCAACAAAUAUCAACAUACUAGGCUCACCCAUACUGAGAAUGCGCCAUCUAAUGCACAAUUGCGUUGUUUCCCGACAUUCAUUCAUUUUGGUACAACUCUUCCCCUUUUUUUGAUUAUCAGCUGAUAAUGUUGAUGUUGUCAAACACACGUAGGUCUAAAAAGACAAUUGGCUUCCUCAAUAGCAUGCAGAGAAUUUGUACUAGAUGAAAAGCCUAAAUGAGUAUGACAUCCUGGCAUUUAAAGCAUACUCCAUUUUCAGAAUGUGUCAUAGUAUAACAUUUUCUAUUUUCUCAUACCCAAUCAGCCUACUAUUUAGAACACAAGUAGGCAUUGGGUAAUUGGACACGGACAACGUGUGGUCUAUAGCAGCUUGUUUUAAUAAUAAAAUAGAGAAACAGUGUAGUUGUUUAAAAACUUAUGUCAACCCUUUUACAGUAUUGCGUCAUUAGUAGGCUCCUUUGACAUAACAAACUAUAAACUACAUUUCAUAUUGUAUUUAGAUGUGUUCAGUCAUUUGCUUGCAUGUAUGUGUGUUUAGUGUUAUUUGUGUGUGUGUGUGUGUGUGUGUGUGUGUGUGUGUGUGUGUGUGUGUGUGUGUG